GCUUGGUUGAUGAGUAGGAGAUCGACUGUUGCAGGAGCAGCCGUCGACAUCAUAGGUGUCGACGAGAGAUAUAAAAGUAUGAGAGGACAUCAGGUUGAAUGGAAACAACAUUCAUCUUGAGACUUCUUGUUACCUACCUCCUGAUCAACGACUGAAGCCUUCGGCCAAUCGCACAUACAACUGAAAACCAUUCACAGACACACGCAAUGGCACACCAUGCACCACCAGUUCCGGACUCACUCCAGAAAAGUCUGGACGCAACUCGAGUCCAGUAUGUCCAAGUUGGCAAGUCUGGGCUUCGUGUCUCUCGCCCCAUCCUCGGAACGAUGGGUAUCGGCAGCAAACAAUGGCUAAACUGGGUGAUGGAUGAGGAAGAGGGCCUCCAGGUCCUGAAGGCAGCUUACGACAGAGGUCUGACGACGUGGGACACGGCAAAUGUCUACUCGAGCGGUAUGAACGAAGCAGUCGUCGGCAAAGCGCUCAAAACGUUCGAUAUUCCGCGCUCCAAAGUGACCAUCCUGGGCAAGAUCAUGGGAACUGUCCCAGAGACGCCGGACAUCUUCAACUGGAUGUACGAAGGACAGCUACAAGCAAGCAAAGACUACACCAACCAAGGCGGUCUCUCUCGCACCGCAAUCUUCAACGCCGUUGACGCAUCCCUCAAACGCCUCGGUACGACGUACAUCGACCUGCUCCAGAUCCACAGAUACGACCCCACGGUCCAGCCCGAAGAGACCAUGAAAGCGCUCCACGAUCUUGUCCAGCUCGGCAAAGUGCGCUACAUUGGUGCCAGCUCCAUGUGGGCAUAUCAAUUCGCACGCAUGCAGUUCAUUGCGGAGAAGAACGGAUGGACCAAGUUCAUCAGCAUGCAGAACCGCUACAGUCUCCUGUACCGAGAGGAAGAGCGCGAGAUGAACAAGUUCUGCAACGAGACCGGUGUCGGUAUCCUGCCGUGGAGCCCGUUGUCCGGCGGUAUGCUGGCGAAGCCGCUUGAUGAAGAGUCAGGCAGAAGCGCACAGAACAAGGUGAUGGGUGGUGGAGCGACUGAUGCAGAUGUGCAGAUUGUGAAGAGGGUUCAGGAGGUUGCGGAAAAGAAGGGCUGGAAGAUGAGUCAAGUUGGUCUUGCGUGGCACAAGGCAAAGGGUACAAUCCCGAUUGUCGGACUGUCUAGUACGAGGCAGGACCGCAUGGAUGAGGCCUGUGCCAUAGGCAAUCUGCAGCUGACUGAUGACGAGGUCAGAUAUCUCGAAGAGCCAUAUGUUGCUAAGCCUAUCGCUGGGCACUCUUGAGCCUGUCGCUGCCACCGCCGGGGUUGCCGGAACCUGAUGGCGAUGGUGUUAUAUGGACUUUUCCGGAUGCCAGGAGUCGCCUCGAGCGUGUAGUAGACGGUUUUCUUA